AUGGCCGAGAUUGCUCCGCUGAAUCCAGCAACCGCAUCUGCCACUAUCGCCUUCCUACGACGCAUCUUUAGCCAGCAUGGCUUACCAGAAGUCCUGGUUUCAGAUAAUGGUUCUCAGUUUAUCUCGUCGACGUUUGAAGAUUUCUGCCGCCAGCACAACAUCCAGCAUCUUCGCUCCCCGCCCUACCAUCCUCAGUCUAACGGUCAGGCGGAGCGUUUUGUCGACACGUUUAAGAGAGCCCUCUUGAAAGCUCGUGGGGAGGGGACCACGGACGAGAUAGUCCAGGCGUUCCUGUUUUCCUACAGGACGACACCGAACCCGGCGUCCCCUGGUGGCGUUUCUCCUGCUGAAGCGUUGAUGGGCCGAAAACUGCGUACAACGUUUCAUGCCCUCGUCCCUACCGGUGCGCAGCCCGAGCAGACUUCUCCAGUUUCUCGCAGCAUGCUCUCCAUCGGAACACCUGUCUUCGUUCGUGAUUAUCGAGCGGGGUUCCCAGACUGGAUUGAAGCAACCGUAGUAUCGCACAGAGGCAGUAUGUUGUUUGACGUCGACGUUGGUGAUGACAUCUGGGUUCGCCACCACAACCAGAUCCGACGGCGACAUUGCAGUAACACAACUGGGCUCGAUUCGGCGCCGUCACACUCUCUCGACAUCCUACUGGAUACCUUCGCCAUUCCGGCAGAUCAGUCGGCUCCCGAAUCCACUUCUGCGCCCCCUUUGGAUAUACCAUCUUCGGUAUCAGUUACCGCUCCCGUAUCUCCAGGCAUUAAACCACGACUAAGACGCCGGACCAACCACGUGCGCCGAUCAACACGUCUGAUGCAGGUCAACCCACGCCAGAACCGGUACUGA